CCGUAACAGUUAAAUUAUAUGUAGACACAGAUUGCCAUUUAUAUGCGAAAUAUGUUAUUACAUUAAAGCAUAUUUAAGUAAGCGAUACAAAAUUUGUUAUAAAACAUUUAUUAAUGACUGAAGUUAGUUACAAGAUGAUGAAAAAAUUUGACAAUAAUCUUACUACUAUUGGUAAAAAAUGGUAUGAAGAAUAUCAGAAAACUGAGGAACCAUGCAAACAUUCUUUAUCUAAGCUAGAUGUACUUCAUCUAAAAGAAGAAGGAAAGAAAUAUUUGGAUGCAGAGACUACUGCCUUUCAAGUAAAACAGUCCAAAUCGAAAGAUUCCAAUGUAAGAUGGCUAAAGACAGCAGUGAAACAGGGUACUACUUCAGACAAAAUAGCAGCCACUAUAGUAUUGAUGCAGGAUCAUCCAAAGUACAAUCUUAGUCGUUUAACAACUUUGGUGUCUCAAGUACGAAGCGCCAAGCACAAUCAGUGCAGUAUGAUUAUGGCUUCAUUGAAGGAACUGUUUAUCACUGAUUUAUUGCAUCCAAAAUUCAAAUUGUUGAAAUUAGAAGAACAAGAUCUGGACAAACUCAAUCUGGAGAAUGAAUCAAAUGCUAUUGUCAAAACGAGCGCUGCAAAAAAUAGGUUACUAGCACAUUGGUACUACGAAGACCAACUUCGUGAUCAGUAUGAACAUUUCAUUUUGAACUUGUCUACGGUUGCUUCUGACACGAUAGACACGAAUCGAGAAAAGGCCAUAGCGACCAUGACGGAUCUGCUGAUAGGUAACUCCGAGCAAGAGCACAAGCUGCUAGAACUAAUUGUAAACAAAAUCGGUGAUCCCACCAGCAAGGUUGCAUCUAAAGCUGUGUUCUGUAUCAACAAACUGCUGCAUGAGCAUCCGAACAUGAAGCUUGUAGUAUUGCGUGAGGUCGAGAAAUUAUUGUUCAGAAAGAACGUGGCGCAACGAACCCAAUAUUACGCCAUAUGCUUAUUAGCACAAUUUGUCUUGGACUCGAAAAGCGAUAAAAUUGCUGACACGUUGAUAGAAGUAUAUUUCGCCUUUUUCAAGGCAUGUCUGAAAAAGGGAGAACCAGAUAGCAGAAUGAUGGCGGCGAUAUUAACAGGAGUCAAUAGAGCAUAUCCUUUUGCCAGCAUCGAUUCAACUGUGAUGAACGAGCACAUUGAUUCCGUCUAUAAGGUGGUACACUUUGGUUCAUUUAACGUCUCUCUCAGUGCACUCAACUUGCUGCAUCAAAUCACAGGCAAGGAUGAGACCCAAGCAAGUAGAUUUUAUUCAGUCUUCUACAAGAAACUCUUAGAUCCGCAAAUAGGAACGGCGAAUAAGCGCACGAUGUUUCUCAACUUAAUGUACCGAGUUCUACAGCGGGAUCAAAGCGAGCUACGUUUAUACAGCUUCAUGAAGAGAAUCCUGCAGGUCUCGGUGUACUUCCCGGCGAACAUGGCCUGCGCUACGCUGUAUAUCGUUUCUAAAAUUGUCCAAAGCCGCAAGCAUCUAAGGCAUAUGUUGAUCGAACCACACGAAGUUAUUAAAAUCGAGAAAAAAGAGAUAUGCGAAGUAAACGACGAACUAUCAGAUACAGAGAACGUGCAAGUGAUAGAUGAAAUUCAAGUCAAAGACGAAAAGGACGACAUUAUCAUGUUGUCGAAUGUUACGAUUGGUACAGACACCGCAUUAGAAAUAAAGCCCGAAGUAAAGCCUGAAGUGGAAGUUACAAAAUCAUAUGAUCCUUUCUGCCGGAAUCCGCUGUACGCUGGUGCGUCUAAAGGAUUCAACAUGGAACUCGUAACGUUGUCCAGACAUUUUCAUCCGAGCGUUGCCUUAUUUGCAAACGCGAUCAUUCAAGGAAAGCCAAUCAAUUACACAGGUGAUCCGUUGGAGGACCUGACAUUGAUACGAUUCCUGGAUCGAUACGUCUUUAAAAACCCGAAGAAGCUGGAUGACAAGAAAGUGCACAAGAAAAAUGAUCUCAUGGCACAACGUGCUGGAUAUACACCGAAGGGUCUACGUUCUCUUCGUAUCGAUAGCGCGGCGUAUCUUAACGAGGCCGAAGAACGAAUACCGGUGGACGAACUAUUUCUCUAUCGAUUCUUAAAACAGAAGAAUGAGAGACGCAUUAAGAAAAAAGAAGACAACGACGACGAUUUAGAGAGCGUCAACAGUGAAGAAUUUAACGAUAUGUUAGAUAAUUUAAAGGGCGAUCAGGAUUUUGAUGACUUGGACAUUGCAGCAGAUAUCGUGCCCAAGAAGAAAAAAGGAAAGGCAAAUGAAGAAUCCGAGGAUGAUGUUAGCGAUGAAGACGAUAAUCAAUCUAAAGAUAUCGUCGAUAACGACGAUAACGUUUCAGAAGAUAAUCUUAACGAGGAUAAUAUCACGGAUGACGAAUUACAAGAUCUAAGUGAUGUUGAUUUCCUGGACGUGGAUGAUGAUGAUUUCAGCGAUAUGGAAUUCAAUGACGACCGUGAUAUGGAAUUCAGUGAUGAAGACGGAGACAAUGCUGAAUUAGUUUCGGAUCUAAAGCAAGAGCUACAAAAACAGCAGCAAGAUUCGAAUAAGAGCAAAGAAAAGAAAAAACAGAGGGGGAUUGACAGCGACAUAUUCAUGUCAGCGGAAAAGUUCGCAGAGAUGUUAGAGGAACAAAGUAGAAUGAAGGGCAAGCAUGGUGGUAGCAACACUUUCAGUAACAGAGACGGUGCCAAUGCCAAGCAAAUUGAAUGGGAGAUUAAGCGAAAUCAGCGGUUGAUGGAAUCGUUUGGUAAAAACAAGCGGAAGCGCGCCGCCAAACAAACGUCGUCUAAUAAUAAACAAAUGAAGAGAUUCAAACGAUAGAUUAUUUAAUAAACACAUUUUAUAAACGCAAUCUUACAUUUUACAGUAUAAUCCUCUCUCUCUCUUUCUCUCUCUAUACGAUAUAUUUCUUUUUCUGUUUUAUAUCUUAAGGCGGCAAUGUGACCGACACGUAGCGAUCCGAGAAUGAUGAAAUACACAUUCAUAGUCGUGCAUGAAUAAAAGUACUUGCAGACGCUUUCCUAGCUUUUCAGGCGAAAUCAAUCGCGUUACAUUUUACUGUUAUAUUGUCAGUACAAUGU